AUGGCUGCGCAGGCGCAGGCACCUGCAGAGGCGCCCGCCGAGGAGGCGCCGGCAGAGGAGGUGAAGAAAGAGGAGAAGAAGAAGGAUGUUUACACCAUCAAGCUGUUGAGCUUCGAAGCUGCGAAGAAGAUCAACGUCGUGAAGGAGGUGCGGGCCAUUACGAGCAUCGGCCUGAAAGAGGCGAAGGAGCUUGUGGAGAGUGCACCCAAAGUGGUCAAGAAGGGGGUCCCUGCAGCCGAUGCAGAGGCCCUGCGAGACAAGCUGGUGGCAGUGGGCGCAGAGGUUGCCCUGGAGUGA